AUGGAGAAAAAAGGAACGGCUAUGAGUUUAAGACGCAACGAGUACCACUCAGACAGGCCAAAGAAUCGUCGAUUGGUAAACACUGGUGGAGAGUACAUAUCGCCUGAAUUUCAGACGUACUUGCUCAACAAACCUUACAUAUAUCGGGAUUACGUGAAGGAAAUAAAGAGCCCAAAUGUAGUAGAAAAGUUUUCAAUUUUAGGAGUGUCACCCCUUGUGAAACCCUCCCCUUCCUGUAGGUGGUGUACAUCCACACCAAAGAUUUUCAGCUCGGGUGCCAAAAACAUGGCGAACAAAUUGAUGCACUCAACUCCCAAAUCUGACAUAAGAGAAAGCAAGAGGGGCAGCAUGUUGAGACUGAACAGGCCGCUGACAAGUACUCUUGGAAGAGCUGAGAGAAUUCGUUAUGGUAUUGUGGAAGAAGAUGAAGACUACAAGGCUAUGAGAAGAAAAAUCAGAACGAGCGUCUUGAAUCCAACAAAACAAACGGCGAAUAAUCUCAGAGAAGCUAAGAAGAUUCGUUUUGAUGUUGCAGAAGAAGGGAUGGAAGAAGUUGAAGAUUCAAACAAAGAAAAUGAGAGUAAGGAACAACUGACCGAAUCACUGGCAGCAGAUUUGGACCUGGACGAGGCCAUCAGACGACAGAAGAGAAGGAUAAUGUUGGAUUAUCCCCACCCGCGCCAUGAUCCUUUGAUGAGAAAUCUACCAAUGCUGGAAAGAUAUAAUCUGUUCGAUGCAUCGCACGAACAGAGCUACGAACGCAAAAUGCAGAAAGAUGAAAGUGACUCGAAACAGAAAGAAUAG